AUGCGUUCGGUGUUAUUCAUUGUGUUCGCCACGUGCGCAACUCUGGUUACGAGCAGAAAUAUUCAUCUCGAUGAAUUAUUUUCAAAAUUUAACGGAAGUGCCAGAUUGAACUCACGAUAUUCAAAUAGCAUCGUAGAAGAUGCCCGUUUGAAUGUGACAGAACUUAUUACGAAAUACGGAUACCCAGUUGAAGUACACCAUGUAACUACUGACGAUGGUUACAUUUUGGAAAUGCACCGAAUACCUUAUGGACGUGAUAAGAAUAACGUGCCAAACAAAAAUAAACCAGUAGUGAUUUUACAACACGGACUGCUGUGCUCCUCCGCUGUGUGGGUCCUUACUGGCCCAAGUGUUGGUUUUGGUUACAUCCUGGCCGAAGAAGGAUAUGACGUGUGGUUGGGAAACUUUCGUGGUAACCGCUAUUCUCGUCGCCAUGUGAGAUUAAAUCCUGAUUCGAGAUUUAAUGUUGCUUUCUGGAGAUAUUCUUGGGAUGAACACGGUAACUAUGACAUACCUGCUAUGAUUGACUAUGCACUGGCUCACACUGGAAAGGACAGGCUUCAUUAUAUCGGCCAUUCAAUGGGAACUACGAGCUUCUUUACAAUGGCAUCACUACGUCCAGAGUAUAACGAGAAGAUUAUUACUAUGCAGGCACUAGCUCCCGUAGCUUACAUGGCUCAUAAUCGUAAUCUACUAUUGAAUAUUAUUGCACCUUUCGCCAACGAUAUUGAGAGAUUAGGAGCUAUUAUUGGAUACGGCGAGUUUUUAACAAGCAGGCAAGUAUUUGUUUGGGCUGGCGAAGCUUUCUGCAGAGAUGAGGUUGUGUUCCAACCUAUUUGCAGUAACAUUAUGUUUUUGCUUGGUGGUUGGAACGAAGCACAACAUAAUUCGACUAUAAUGCCAGUUAUUUUCGGUCACGUGCCAGCUGGUGGAUCGGUUAGACAGUUAGCUCAUUAUGGCCAAGGUAUUGCCGGUAACGAGUUCCGUCGUUUUGACCACGGAAAUUUAAUAGCAAAUCUUCGAGCCUACCGCAGAAUAUCACCACCUAGAUAUGACCUUAAUAGGAUUACUGCACCAGUGUUCCUUCACUACUCAGACAACGAUCCUCUUGCUGAGAUCCCGGAUGUACUCAGGUUGUUCAGAGAACUAGGAAGACCCAUAGGACUGUUUCGAGUGCCGCUAGCCGAAUUUACCCACAUUGACUUCAUGUGGGCUAAAGACGUGAAAGAAUUGCUCUAUGACAGAGUGAUUCGUCUUAUGAAACGAGUGGAUAUUAGUGGUUUUGUUGAUAUUGAUAUAAGUUAA